CUUAUAUAGUUUUUAUUCAUUGGCCUAUACGAACCUACAUUUCUACAUUUUGGAAAAUUUUAAAUAUUGAUGAAGUGAAAUGAGGACAUUUCUGGUUCUGGCGCUGCUUGCGAUGAUUAGUGGAAGCCAUACUCUGCCAACAGUUGUACAGUGGGAAGAAGAUCCUGAGCAGACUCCCGGCUUCUUCGAAGGCGAUAUCGUCUUGAGACCGAAAAGCAGAAAUUGUAUGAGCAAUCCAUCUCAACAUUGGCCAGAUGGUAUUGUCUACUACAAGUUUUCGGAAGGAAUUGAUGAUGUACGAAAGGAUUUCAUUAGAAACGCGAUGAACAUUGUUGAAGAAGGUUCGUGCGUGCAUUUCAAAGAAGCGGACGACGACCAGCCGUAUUUUGUCAAUAUAACGGGAAAUCCUGGCGGCUGUUAUUCAACUGUUGGUUUUGUGGAGGACAUUUCUAUAUUAAAUUUACAUAAACAUGACUUAAAUACGGGAUGCUAUCGAACCGGUAAAAUAAUUCAUGAAUUGUUGCACACUCUCGGUUUCUAUCACAUGCAAAGCACUUACGAUCGGGACGAUUAUAUUCGGAUAGCCUAUGAGAAUGUUAAGCCAGACUUUGUGCAUGACUUUGCAAAAUACUCUAAGGACUUUGUUGAAGACUUUGGUGAAAAAUACGACUAUGGUAGUAUUAUGCAUUAUUCGCCGCAUGCCUUCUCGGCAAAUGGUGCGGAAACUAUAGUGCCGUUGCAAGAAAUACGGGAGGGUUUAAUGGGUCAGCGCGAGGCUUUAAGUACAGUUGAUUUAAUCAAGUUGAAUAAAAUGUAUAAAUGCCCUGAGUUGCAAGUGAAAGACUAAGAAUUGGAACAUCCGUAUAAUAUAUGACUAUAUACCUAGAUGAAAACCGAUAUAUUCCAAAUCUUCUAACUAAAAGCUUUCGUAGUAAUUUGAUCUCUUAUUUUAAUAUAAAUAAUUAUCCAGAAAUAUAACAAACACUCUAAAAGUCUA